AUGGAAGAAACCUACCUGCUGAACGUGGAAGGGGUCAAAAAGAAGAUUCUGCAUGGAGGCCGAGGGGAGCUGCCCAAGUUGCAGGAUGGGAGCAAGUUCACCUUCCACUUCCAGACGCUGAAGGACGACUUUGAGCGGACGGUGAUCGAUGACAGCCGGGAGGCUGGCAUGCCCAUGGAGAUCAUCGUGGGCAAGAUGUUCAAGCUGGAGAUCUGGGAGACGCUGCUCAGCUCCAUGAGGAUUGGGGAGGUGGCUGAGUUCUGGUGCGACGCCAUUCACACAGGCAUGUACGCCCUGGUCUCCAGGGGCAUGCGGAGGAUCGCGGAGGGCCGGGACCCCCUGGAAGGCCAGAAGCACCGCUGUGGCAUGGGCAACAUGUUUGACUACCACAGCACGGGCUACGAUGACCUGGACGAGCUGCAGCGGACGCCGCAGCCUCUCAUCUUCAUCAUGGAGCUGUUCCGGGUGGAGGAUCCCUCAGCGUACAAACGUGACACCUGGGCCAUGAGCAAGGAGGAGAAGCUGGCAGCAGUGCCUGUGCUGCACAGCGAGGGCAACCGCCUCGUCCUGCGCAGGGAGUUCGCCCAGGCGGCGGCCAAGUACCAGGAGGCUGUCAUCUGCCUCAGGAACCUGCAGGCCAAGGAGAAGCCGUGGGAGGACGACUGGCUGAAGCUGGAGAGCCUGGUCACGCCGCUGGUGCUCAACUACUGCCAGUGCCAGCUGGAGCUGGGCGAGUACUACGAGGUGCUGGAGCACACCACGGAGCUUCUCCAGAAGCACAAUGACAAUGCCAAGGCCUAUUUCAAGCGGGCAAAGGCCCACGCUGCUGUCUGGAACGAGAGGGAGGCGCGGGAGGAUUUCCAGCGCGUGGCUCACCUCGACCCCUCCAUGGCGGCUGCGGUGAAGAAGGAGCUGAAGCAAUUGGGGGAGAGGAUGAGGAAGAAGCAUGUGGAGGACAGGAAGCGCUACCAGGGCCUCUUCCAGUCAUCCCAGGGUCUGAAGGGCCGUGAGAGCAGGGAGGUGGGUGAUGGGGCACCGCAGGGUGAGCCUGGAGUCCGGGAGACCCCUGGGCAGGGGCAGCAGGGUGCUGAGACUGAAGUGACAGAACAACCCAGGGCUCCCCAGGCAGAACAAGGGACCCCCAGGGCUGGGGGGGAAGGGGCAGCACCAGGAGGAGAAGAAGCCCGGGGAGAGCCUGUGGGACAGGAGGUGGAAGGGAGGGAUCGGGCAGCAGUGGGGGAAGAAGUAAACCUGGGUACCUGUGUGGCAAAGCCAGAGAGCCUGGGAACAGAGGAGGGAGAUGAGAAAGAGGAGGAGAGGGAAGAGGAAGAAGAGGAGAGGGAAGAGGAGAAGAAAGAGGAAGAAAAAGAGGAGAGUGAAGAGGAAAAGGUGGAGAGGAGGGCAGAGGAAGAAGAUGGAAAAUUGGAGGAGGAGAAGGAGGAGGGGGAGGUAGACAAGGAAGAAAAGGAAGACAAAGGGGAGAUGGAGGAGAAGGUGGAAAGGGGAGCAGAAGAAGAAGAUGAGAAAUUAAAAGAGGGUGAAGAAGUAGAGAAGGAAGAAGAAAACAAAGAAAAAAAGGAGAGGAAGGAAGAGGCAGUAGUGAAAGGGAAAGUGGAGAAGGAAAAAGAGAAAGAGUGUCUACCAGCAAAAAUAGAAAAGCCUAAAGCAGGGAAAUGUGGGACAAGAGGGGAGACAAAAGCAGCAGGGCUCAUGCAGGGGUUGGAGCAAGGAGCCAGUGGAGCAGAGGGAGCUGGCACAGGGAGUGAGGCCCAGGCUCAGCCAAAGAGAACCCCACAUCUGGGGCCUCCCAGCACAGGGCUGGGUCCAGCUGAGGAGCCCCCAGGGCUGGAGGAUAAAACAUCUGGAGAGGCUCUGGAAGAGGUGAGUUGCAGGGGGCAGGGAGCAGGCAGUGCACAAGAAAAUGCUGGGGCAGGCAACAUCCCCCCAGAGAUGGGUGGAGGGACAACAUCCCCUGGGAAAGGUGAGGAGCUGGGUGGAGGGGCAAAAACAGCAGCCAGAGAAGGGGGUGCUGCACCCCUGGAGCAGUGCAGCAAAGAGCAGGGCCAUGACCAGCCCUGA